AUGGCUUCUCUGCCGCGGCGGCGACUGCGCCUUCGCCCCCGCCGCCUCCUGCUCCUUCUCCCCGGAAUCCUGCUGCCUCUUUGCGGCGCCUUCAAUCUAGAUGUGGAGAGUCCUGCGGAGUACUCCGGCCCAGAGGGAAGUUACUUCGGCUUCGCGGUGGACUUCUUCGUGCCCAGCGCGUCUUCCAGGAUGUUUCUUCUGGUGGGAGCGCCCAAAGCAAACACUACCCAGCCUGGGAUUGUGGAAGGAGGGCAAGUCCUUAAGUGUGACUGGUCUUCUCACCGUAGGUGCCAGCCAAUUGAGUUUGAUGCCACAGGCAACAGAGAUUAUGCCAAAGAUGAUCCAUUGGAGUUUAAGUCUCAUCAGUGGUUUGGAGCAUCUGUGAGGUCAAAACAGGAUAAAAUUUUGGCCUGUGCCCCACUGUAUCACUGGAGGACUGAAAUGAAGCAGGAAAGAGAGCCCGUGGGAACAUGCUUCCUUCAGGAUGGAACAAAGACUGUUGAGUAUGCUCCAUGCAGAUCAAAAAAUAUUGAUGCUGAUGGACAGGGAUUUUGUCAAGGAGGAUUCAGCAUUGAUUUUACUAAAGCUGACAGAGUACUUCUUGGUGGUCCUGGUAGUUUUUAUUGGCAAGGUCAACUCAUUUCCGAUCAAGUAGCAGAAAUUGUAUCUAAAUAUGAUCCCAAAGUUUACAGCAUCAAGUAUAAUAACCAGUUAGCAACUCGCACUGCACAAGCUAUUUUUGAUGACAGUUAUUUGGGUUACUCAGUGGCCGUCGGAGAUUUCAACAGUGAUGGCAUAGAUGACUUUGUUUCAGGAGUUCCAAGAGCAGCGAGGACUUUGGGAAUGGUUUAUAUUUAUGAUGGGAAAAACAUGUCCUCCUUACACAAUUUUACUGGUGAACAGAUGGCUGCAUAUUUUGGAUUUUCUGUCGCUGCCACUGACAUUAAUGGGGAUGAUUAUGCAGAUGUCUUUAUCGGCGCACCUCUCUUCAUGGAUCGCGGUUCUGAUGGCAAACUCCAGGAGGUGGGGCAGGUCUCGGUGGCUCUGCAGAAAGCUUCGGGAGACUUCCAGACCAUCAAGCUGAAUGGUUUUGAGGUCUUUGCAAGGUUCGGCAGCGCCAUAGCCCCUUUGGGAGAUCUAGACCAGGAUGGCUUCAAUGAUAUUGCAAUUGCUGCUCCAUAUGGGGGUGAAGAUAAAAAAGGAGUUGUUUAUAUUUUCAAUGGAAGACCCACAGGCUUGAAUGCAGUACCGUCUCAGAUCCUUGAAGGGAAGUGGGCAGCUCGGAGCAUGCCACCAAGCUUCGGCUAUUCCAUGAAAGGAGCCACGGAUAUAGACAAGAAUGGAUAUCCAGACUUAAUUGUAGGAGCUUUUGGUGUAGAUAGAGCUGUAUUAUACAGGGCCAGACCAGUUAUCACUGUAAAUGCUGGCCUUGAAGUGUACCCUAGCAUUUUAAAUCAAGAAAAUAAAACCUGCCUUCUGCCUGGGACAGAUCUCAAAGUUUCCUGUUUUAAUGUCAGGUUUUGCUUAAAGGCAGAUGGCAAAGGAGCACUUCCUACGAAGCUUGACUUCCAGGUGGAGCUUCUUUUGGAUAAACUCAAGCAGAAAGGAGCAAUUCGACGAGCACUCUUUCUCCAUAACAGGUCCCCGGGUCACUCCAAGAACAUGACCAUCUCAAGGGGGGGACAGAUGCAGUGUGAGGAGCUGAUCGCAUAUCUGCGGGAUGAAUCUGAAUUUAGAGAUAAACUCACUCCAAUUACUAUUUUUAUGGAGUAUUGGUUGGAUUAUCGAACAGCUGCUGAUGCAACAGGGUUGCAACCUAUUCUUAACCAAUUUACUCCUGCCAAUGUUAGUCGACAGGCUCAUAUUCUACUUGACUGUGGUGAAGACAAUGUCUGUAAACCCAAACUGGAGGUUUCUGUAGAUAGUGAUCAAAAGAAGAUCUAUAUUGGGGACGACAACCCUCUGACCUUGAUUGUUAAAGCUCAGAAUCAGGGAGAAGGUGCCUAUGAAGCCGAGCUCAUCGUUUCCAUCCCACUGCAGGCUGAUUUCAUCGGUGUUGUCCGUAACAGUGAAGCCUUAGCAAGACUUUCCUGUGCGUUUAAGACAGAAAACCAAACCCGCCAGGUGGUUUGUGACCUUGGAAACCCAAUGAAGGCUGGAACUCAACUCUUAGCUGGUCUCCGUUUCAGUGUGCACCAGCAAUCAGAGAUGGAUACAUCUGUGAAAUUUGAUUUACAAAUUCAAAGCUCCAAUCUUUUUGAUAAAGUAAGCCCGGUUGUAUCUUACAAAGUUGACCUUGCUGUUUUAGCUGCUGUUGAGAUAAGAGGAGUCUCAAGUCCUGAUCAUAUCUUUCUUCCGAUUCCAAAUUGGAAGUACAAAGAGAACCCUGAGACUGAAGAAGAUGUUGGGCCAGUUGUUCAGCACAUCUAUGAGCUGAGAAACAAUGGUCCGAGUUCAUUCAGCAAGGCAAUGCUACAUCUUCAGUGGCCUUACAAAUAUAACAAUAACACUUUGUUGUACAUCCUUCAAUAUGAUAUUGAUGGACCAAUGAACUGCACUUCAGAUAUGGAGAUUAACCCUUUGAGAAUAAAGAUCUCAAAUUCACAAACAAGUGAAAAGAAUGAUACAAUUGGUGGGCAAGGUGACCGGAACCACCUCAUCACGAAGCGGGAUCUCACCCUCAAUGAAGGAGAUGUUCACACUUUGGGUUGUGGAAUUGCUGAAUGCUUGAAGAUUGUCUGCCAGGUGGGGCGACUAGACAGAGGAAAGAGUGCAAUCCUGUAUGUAAGGUCUCUCCUGUGGACCGAGACCUUUAUGAAUAAGGAAAACCAGAAUCAUUCAUAUUCUUUGAAGUCGUCUGCUUCAUUUAAUGUCAUAGAGUUUCCUUAUAAAAACCUUCCAAUUGAGGACAUCUUCAACUCCACAUUGGUUACCACAAAUGUCACCUGGGGCAUUCAGCCAGCACCCAUGCCUGUACCUGUGUGGGUGAUCAUUUUAGCAGUUCUAGCAGGAUUGUUGUUACUGGCUGUUUUAGUUUUCGUAAUGUACAGGAUGGGCUUUUUUAAGCGUGUACGGCCACCUCAAGAAGAACAAGAAAGGGAACAGCUUCAGCCUCAUGAAAAUGGUGAAGGAAACUCAGAAACUUAACUGUAAUUUUUAGGUUACGCUACAUCCUGAUCCAUUAGAAGUUCCAGCUUUAGUUGAGAUUUUAAUUUCCUUCCUGAGGAAUAAAAUUCCAAGACUGUACUGCUGAUGGUGCCCAUUGGUGUUAACCACAAAGUGAGAGCAAUAUUUGUCAUCCUUUUCAUCCUGAUUAAGUUCAGACAUACAUUUAAUACACCUACUGACUUGUGUUUUUAGGUAUUUAAAUAAUAACAUUUCAAGUGAUAGGUCUUCUUCAGUGUACAUAAGAUAGUGCCUGAGUUACCACUUUAUCUAAAAUAGUACCUCCUACAAUUACUGUUUCUGAUUUUGUAUGUUGGAUUUUGUUUGUCAUUGUUUUUGUUGUUUUAAAGCAAUCCAAAUUUGUACCUUAGGAUCCACAUCUUUUGUGCAGAUAUAUAAUGUUAAUACACGUUACACUACACUUGAGUUUUCAAGCUUACUUCAUAGCUGUAUAAACUUGGAUUUUAAUAUUACCUAUGUGGUAGGACUUUAAAAAAAGAAAAAAGCAUGAUCCCAUCAAAACUCUUUCUUGUA